AUGCUCGUUGCUCAAGCUGUCGGUGUAUCUGUUGCCGCGAAUCUUUUCUUUGCCGCUAUCACUGUCUCGCAACGACCCAACGAGAAACAUGAUACCUUCGCAUGGUCUCCAUCGCUAGUAUACGAGCUCGUCCCAAUCGCACUAUUACUCCUCGACACGGUAGCUGUGCCGAUCUUCGCGUACCAGAAGAAAUUCAUACUCGUUCACCUCGCGCCCCAUGCUCUAGUUUUUAUUCCUUGCGUGCUGCGCCCGAGAAGUUCCGCCUCGAAGGGCGCUGCCACCAAGGUACAGGGAGAACAAACGACCAAGCGAUAUGCUUUAUUCAUCUAUUGGAUUGCGGCGGCUUCCGUUGUUCUGCAGGCCUAUUCCACUGUUUUGAUGUUGCUGGAUAUAGGUCCAGAUGUAUCGUACGGCAAGGUGGCUCAGCGGCUACUGAAUACGGUAUAUGUUCAUCCUGCUUACAGUAGCGUGAGCUGGGACGUGAUUUGGUGCACCGUGAGUGGUUUUGCUUGGGCUGCUGUGCAUGGUUUUGAGGCGAGAGCAAUGCUUGGUGGACGGUGA